AUGACUUCGAACCAGGUAUACCAGGACGCGCCGGGUCUGGAGGCGCAACGAGACGUGAUGGCCGCAGCGCACGAGCAUGGCCAUGCGGAUCAGGACGAUGUGGCGCCCACCCAGCUCGAGGCAGGCCGUGUCGAAGCAGCAGCGGACGACGAGUUUGGCAUGGAGGAUGCCGAGACGUAUGGAGAGCGUCUAACGCGUGUGCUCACGGGUGAAGCCGAAGCAACACAGCCCUCUUCAGCGCAGAAAGACGGUGGAUCGAAUCGCGCUCGAGCAAAGCCCACGCUGAUGCGGCGUAGGAAGGUCGACACGAAGCGCAAGGCGAGCAAGGCAGCCUGGAGGACGGGUGUUCGCCAGCGGGCCGAAGAGCUGGCACGCACCGCCGACUCGGAAAAAGCCACUACCGCUCGAACGCAGAGUGGGGAGAGUGGCACAUCGAGUACGCAGGCGAGCGAUGUGCCGAUGCGCAUCAAGAUGGUGGGUGAGGAUGGCAAGCCCAUGCGUCGACACGGCAUCCGCGAGCGCGUGCUCCACUUCACCCCCUCGUGGUUCAGCGUAACCAUGGGCACGGGCGUCAUCGCCACACUGCUCAACCUCCUACCCUGGCCAUCGAUCCACGCGGGACUGCGAUACCCGGCAGCGGUGUUUCUGCUGGCGGAUAUUGUGAUCUUCAUCGUCUUUCUGUGCGCGUUCCUGGCGCGGUACGUCAUGUACCCCGAGGUGCUGCCGCUGACGAUCAAGCAUCCGCAAAAGUCGAUGUUCCUAGGCACCCUACCCAUGGGCCUCAUCACCAUCGUCAGUGGGAUCGCCCAGCUGGGCACGGUCGAGUUCGGUUUGGGGAUGGGCUUUGCACUGGCCGCGAGUGGGAUGUGGUGGGCGUGUGUGGUGCUGAGUCUGCUAACGAGCGUCGGGGUGCCGUUUAGCAUGAUGACGUACCAGAAGCACUACUUCGAAGGCAUCACCGCCGCACUGUUGCUGCCCAUUGUCCCGCCCAUCACCGCCGCUGCAACGGGCAGCGUGCUCGCCGAGAUCUUUAUCGAGCGCUACCCGACCUAUGCCUUCACCAUCAUGGUGGUGAGCUACCUGGUGCUCGGGAUCGGGUUGCCGCUGGCGCUGUUGAUCCAGGUGCUGUACUUUCAGCGUCUGCUGCUGUUCAACAGUCCACCGCGGGACGUGAUCAUCUCGGUAUUCCUUCCGCUCGGACCGUGCGGUCAGGGCGGCUACGCCUGUCUGCACCUCGGCCGUGUGGCGCUGCAACUUUUUCCCGUCAUCUCUGUGCCGGCAUCGUCCUCCGGGGUGCCGCAGCUCUUCUCGGUAGGUCAGGCUCUGUACGGCGCUGGGCUCAUUUCGGCCAUGAUGCUCUUUGGCCUGGGCAUGUGGUGGCUCGUGAUCGGCGUGUGCACGAUCGUACGCGAGCUGAGCCACGGCAAGCUCGGAUUCAACAUGGGCUGGUGGGGUCUCACCUUCCCCUCGGCCAGUCUCGCCAUCUGCACCGCGAGCCUGGCGGUGGAGCUCGACAGUCUGGCGCUCAAGAUCACCUAUACCGCGCUGGUGGUCGCCAACAUCGCGCUGUGGACGUACGUGGCGAUCCCGACGGUGCGGGGGGCGUGGACGGGAAGGCUGUUCAGCGCGCCGUGCCUGGCGGAUCUGCCGCUCAAGCCGUAG